UGCUACUGGUACUGCCUACCCGUGGUCACUGGCUCACUGCAACCAUGUCCCAUUACUCCACUGCACUGGUAGGCUGGCAGCUACAGUAAUUCUGUGGGAGGGGAGAGGUGGAGAGCUUCGAUGCAGCUCCCAUGGGGGCCUCGCCGGCGUUCCGCUGAGGUGCUAGCCCUCGGCGGUGGCCCGGAUCUCAUCAGUGCUCCUCCUCGUCCUCGCCCGCCUCCCCUGCAUCAGCGCCGCCGCACGCACCGGCGUCCUCUCCCGCCGGUGGCGCAGCCUCUGGCCCCGCCUCCGCCAGAUCGUCUUCCGCGACGUCCCGUUCCCCUCGCUCGAGCAGGUGCUCGUCCGCUUCCCCCUUCCGCCGCCCGCGGUCUCCCUCGUCCACAUCCGCCUCCCCGACAAGCAGCGCAGGCGCGUCCCCGAGGAGCACCGGGCCGACGCCGCCAGCUUCGACUCCCUGCUCCGCGCCGCCGCGCGGCUCGAGCCGGAGGAGUGCGUCUUUGAGCUGCUGGGGCUCGAACGCAACAGUACCCUCGUCGUAGAUCUGCCCCGCUUCCACCGCGCCACCUCCAUCGCGCUGAAUUGUUCCUCCGUCGUCCGCUCCGUGCCGGCCGGCUUCGAGUUCACCGCGCUAGAGACGCUGUCCCUCUCGUCCUGCACUGUCGACAUCGACAACCUGCUCUCCUCCUCAUCCAUGUUUAUUUCGAGAAGCGCGACCUGAGGGUCAGCUCGGCGUCGCUGCAGGAGCUUCUCCUGGAUACGCCUCAGGGCCACGGCGGAUGGAUACAGCGUAUCAGCAUCGUUGCCCCGGUGCUUGAGCAAUUGACCAUGUCCUUCCCCGCCCCGAGAGGCAGCAUUUCCAUCUUGGCACCCAUGGUGAAGAAGGUCCGGUGGCACUGCGACUUAAGCGGGGCGUCUGUUGACUUCAAUCUUUGGGCAAUCCAGCAGCUGACUCUGCAGACGGCGGAGGGACAAGGACAUCUCCCUUCUCUGCACAUUCAUGCUACUGCUCGCUUUUAUAUUUCUCUCGACGAAGAGGACAUCAUGACACCGGAGAUAGAGAAGCAUAUGGUUGCCGAGUUUUCUGCUUUGGAGCUACAUCUCAAAACAAAUGGACAUGUGUUUGGAGCAUUCGCGUUUCAUCUCCUUGGGAUGAAUCGGAUUUGCAGUGCUAUGCAGAGGCUUAAGGUUGUCCUACAGAGAUCAGAGGUGGAAGAAACAUGCUCACCGCAUUGUCCAUGUGACUCCACGGAUUGGAGAUCCCAAACUAUCUCCUUGGCUGCUCUAGAAGAAGUGGAGAUCGACGGCUUUGGAGGAGACCAUCAUGAGAUUGAUUUCUUGAAACUGAUAUUCACAUGUGCUCCAUUGCUUAAAAGAGUGACCGUGAAGCUGUCAAAUGAGGCCUCAUCAAGCGACAAUGGAUGCACAAACAUAUACAACAUCUUCAAGGCCCAUUCUUCCGUGGAACUCUAUGUUUAUCCUAGCUCUGAUUACAAAUCAGAGCUUAUUUCAAUUAGCCUCCUCUGAAGGAUUAAUGCUCGGCAGCCAUAUUGCCCCUCAGCAUGAUUUCCAUGGUUAUGUAUGGUUCCAUGGUUAUGUCUUACGAUUUAGCUCUGUUGCUUCAACCGAUUAUCUUAUCUUAGGUGUUGUUUUGUCAGUGUACUGAAGCUUUAUGUAUGACUGUAAGUGGUGCACCCGAUUAUCGUACUUAAUUCCUGAAAGGUCAUGUGCAGGAUUCAGCUAUCGAAGUUAAUGUACUCAACGUAGUGACCAGUUAAGCCUA